AUGUGGACAGCUGGCAGAAACUUCCCGGAACAGACAUCGAGAAAAUAUAUCAGUAAUCUUGCGGGGACUUUGAAAGACGACACUCAACAAAAUCUUCAGUUAAUAAAUCAUCCUAUUGAUUUGACAGUUGAGCUGCCAGAUUCCUUCGACCCGAGAGACAAGUGGUCGAAAUGCACUUCUUUAAAUGAAAUCAGAGACCAGGGCGCUUGUGCAAGUUGCUGGGCAGUAGCUGCAGUGGCUGCGAUGACUGACCGAUACUGUAUAUUUUCAAAGGAGAAACAACAGUUUCAUUUCUCUGCCGAGGAUUUGAUCAGUUGUUGUGAAACUUGUGGACUAGGAUGCGUUAAAGGGCUUCAUUUCGCGGCUUGGGAUUACUGGACGAAACUAGGACUUGUAUCGGGAGGCAACUACAACUCGAGUGAAGGCUGCAAACCUUACAAUACACCGCCAGGAGAAAAUUUUGUGACAGAAGAGAUGCCAUCUUCAAGCCGUAUAGUUGAUAUAUCGAGCUGCAAGAUGUUCUGCGAAUCCAGCUAUAACGUUAAAUAUCGGAAUGACAAACGCUAUGGCGAUAGAGCCUACAUCAUAGAACGUAACGAAAACCAAAUAAAAAUUGAACUUUAUUUCAAUGGACCCGUAGAAGGUGUGAUGGAGGUUUACACGGAUUUUCUGAAUUACAAAUACGGUGUUUACAAUUAUACGGAAGGUGAAUCAAUAGGUCACCAUAGCGUUAAAAUUCUAGGUUGGGGAGAGGAACAUGGUCACAAAUAUUGGCUGGUAGCAAACACUUGGGGCAAAGGUUGGGGUGAUGAAGGUUUCUUUAAAAUUAUACGCGGUGUCAACCAUUGUGGCAUUGAAGAUUCUAUUGUUGCAGGUGAACCAAUUAUAUUUAGUUUGAGUUUAAAAAAAGAAGUGUAUAAAUUUUAG